CGUAGGAGCGCUUAGGUGUCUGUUUGAAUUGCCUGAAGAAUUUCGGUCUGUCUUAUCAAUGUGUGUUUCUAUGCGUAUGUUGCGUGUCCUUCAGUCCCGUCUCUCGUUUCUAUUUUUAUCAUCGCAGGUUCGCUACUUUCCAGACUGUAAAGCUGAAAUUCGCUGCUGUCUGUGCAGCUAGCUAGCUACAGAUAGCACACGCUACACUCGCGCCAGCUACCAAGCUAGCUAGUAGUACAUCUGAUCUGAUACAAAACUCUAUAUGCACGAAAUGGAAUGCAGAGUAUUAUCAAUUCAGAGUCAUGUUGUCAGGGGAUACGUUGGUAAUAAAUCGGCAUCGUUUCCUUUGCAGGUGCUGGGGUUUGAGGUGGACUCCAUCAAUUCGGUGCAGUUCUCCAAUCAUACAGGUUACGCCCACUGGAAGGGCCAGGUACUGACCGCGGACGAGCUGCACGUUCUCUACGAGGGAAUCAAGCUGAAUAAUGUCAACCACUACGACUACGUCCUGACAGGGUACACCAGAGACACGUCCUUCUUGGAGAUGGUGGUGGACAUCGUGCAGGAGCUGAAGAGGGCGAACCCAAACCUCGUGUACGUGUGUGACCCAGUGCUGGGGGAUCAUGGCUCCAUGUAUGUUCCGGAAAACCUCCAUCCUGUCUACAAGAACAAGGUGGUCCCCGUGGCUGACAUCAUCACACCCAACCAGUUUGAGGCAGAGCUGCUAACGGGGAAGAAUGUCAGCACAGAGAAGGAUGCAGUGGAGGUGAUGGACCUGCUCCACAACAUGGGCCCUGACACGGUGGUCAUGACCAGCUCUGACCUACCCUCCCGGCUGGGGGACCGCUUUCUGGUGGCCCUGGGUAGCCAAAGGAUGGUGAAGCCAGAUGGUACCCGGUCGACCCAGCGGAUCCGAAUGGAGAUCCCCAAGGUGGAUGCGGUUUUUGUGGGGACAGGGGACCUGUUCGCUGCCAUGAUGCUGGCUUGGACUCACUACCACCCCAAUGACCUCAAGUCAGCCUGUGAGAAGACCUUCUCCGUCAUGCAUCAUGUUAUACAGAGGACUAUCUCCUAUGCUCAUGACAUGGCAGGCCCGGGCCGGAGACCCAGCCCGGCGCAGUUGGAGUUGCGUAUGAUCCAGAGCAAAGCCGACAUCGAGGACCCGGCCAUCGUGGUGGAGGCCACUGUGCUAUAGAGCACCCUCCCCCCCCCCUCCCCCCCUUCCCCACCACUCCUCCUCUACCCUUCCCCCCCUCUCCCCACCCCACCCCACCCCAAUACACAACCGCACAAUGUAUAGAUGUUGUACAUUUUGACCUGUAAUGUGACAUUGCCUUAGAAACAGAGCACAACAUUUCCAUGAGCCGAGUUCAGCAGGGUACCGAGGGUGGAGGGCGGGGGAGGAGGGGAAGGGUGGGGGAGAGGGCUCCUCGAUCGCACUCUCGCUCCCUCGCCCUCCGAAUCCCUCUUUGAGCUUCUCUAACCUCUUUACAAGUCCUGCACAUACAGUCCCACAAUGCCCCUGGAACUGUGUCUCCCACACAAAUGCCCAGAAUCCCAAGCUGUCCUCUAACUUGGGAUCAGGGUUAAGAGGGCAAAGGGUACAAUAGGUCAGUGCUUUUGGGCUUGUUUGUUUUUUUGCACUGCCUGUAGAACGUAGAUGAACUUCCAGUCCUGGAGGGCCAGUGUGUCUGCUGGUUUCAGAACUUAGCCUCGUAAUAACCGCAAGUCAUUGACUGGCGAACGGGUCCACGCGUCUGGUAUCGAAGGCCUAUAGUGGCUGUUGAAUUUAAGGAAGCCACAAAACCCUCCUGACAUUAAGGCCCUUCAGGAGUUGUUGGCUCAUUUUCUUGAAAAAUAGACUUCAGGGCUCUGAGUGGCCACGUUACCUUCACGUUAUCUUCAAGCGCUCUUAAUUGGCCCUUGUCAAGCCAUGGUCCUUUUGUGGUCUUGUUUUGGUCCCAUUGUGAGUCUGUUUCAGUCCUGUUGAGGUUAAAAACAUGAGGAAAUCCUUGAGUCCUUGGAAGUUAAGAAACGGGUACUGUAGGUGUGACCAUACACCCAUAUCAUGUAUAUAAUAAUUGAUUGGACCCAUCCUCUCUUAGCCUCAUGCAAAAAAAAGAAAAAGAAAACAAGUUCAAAGACAAAAGGCAUAAAAUUCUGUUUGCAUUGGAGGGGCUUCUGUAGUGGAUGAGUCUUGACUUUGUGCUCGAGUUCGAUUUAAUCCACAAUUGUGACAUGUAUUCAUGAAUCAUUUCCAGUAGCUCUACUGCAGUGGUUUUGAGAAAGUGUCUCCCAUUGUACUCAUGUGAAUCAUGGUUGUCAUAUGCAAUUUCUGAACCUUGCACAUUUCCAACAAUGUGAUUUUGUUGUUGUUCACUUUGAAAUGGGAGAAGUCUGUCAUUUCAAAGUUUAAACUGUAAGAUUUGUAGAUGUUUUUACUGUUUUGUUUGAUAGUCCCUUUUAUGACAUGCAAUAAUUUAUUAUUUUUUACAUUUCAUUUUAACGAUAUUACUUGCAAUGAUAAUCAUACAAAACUGGUCUAUACAUGAACACAACCAUUUAGCUUAGUCGUAUUUCAUUGUUAUUUAAUAUUUUUAUUUAUUCAUUUUUAAACAGCAUAUCAUAGAAAGAGAGAUGUGUAUAAAAUAUCAAACUGCCUCUAGUUCAGUGUAAAGAAGAGCAAACAAGAAGCUGUUUGUCUGUGCCAACAAUGAAAUCAACCCGUAUUUACAAAAAGUGCCAAAUUACCAGUUGCUGCUUGGUUAUAUUAAUGUAAAUUACAAAUAAAAAGAUGAACUUUUUAAAUUAAAA